AUGGAUCUAGACGGAAUGAUCAGCGGAGGGGGAAGGGGAGGCCGCGGGGGAGGCGGUCGGGGGGGAUACGGUGGAAGAGGGGGAAGAGGCGGAGGCGGAAGGGGAAGAGGCGUAUGCAGAUUCUGGCUGGAGGGCAACUGUAGAAAAGGUGAAAGUUGCGACUAUCUACAUACUGAUUCAUCUAGCGGGGGUGGCGGGUUCGGCGGAGGGGGAAGAGGCGGAGGCGGAAGCAGGGGAGGGGGAGCUGGCUGGGGGGGACAGGGGUGGGGUGGAGGCGGAGGUGGCGGAGGCGGGGGAGGGGGCACGGUUUUGGGCAGGCGGAAUGCGGACAGUCAGGGGGAUGGCGGAGGGUUUGGUGGUGAGCGGUGGGGAAGGCAAAGAGCAGGCGGAAGAAGCGGGGAGGGCGUCAGAGCGCGGCUCGGUGACGGGGGAGGCGGAGGGGGAGGGGGAGGCGGAGGGGGGGAGAGGCGCAUUGCGAGGCGGAAGGCGUGCAAGUUCUGGCUGGGGGGAAGCUGCAACCGGCAUAACUGCAAUUUCUUGCACGCCCACACGACAGCUGCUGACGUGGAGAUGAUGACAGAGCUGACGGGGCAUGAGAAGGUGGUGCGGGCCAUAGCUCUACCGGAGAGCUCCUCUCAGCUCCGUACACGGGCAGUGGUGCGCGCCAUAGCUCUACCGGAGAGCUCAUCUCAGCUGUACACGGGCAGUCAGGACGGGACCAUCCGCGUGUGGGACUGCACGACAGGGCAGUGCGUGAGUGUGGCGAGCAUGGGAGGGGAUGUGGGAGCACUGAUCACCAACUCUGGAUGGCUCUUUGUCGGACUGCCCAACCUUGUCAAGACGUGGGUGCUGGCGAGUGGGGUGCAGGGCGACCUGCCGGGCCCCACAGGGUCGGUGCACCAGCUGCUGCUGCACAACGGCAUGCUCUUUGCCGCCUGCUCCGACGGCAAGAUUCUGUGUUGGAAGUUCAACCCGACCUCACAGCAGUUCGAGCCCGUGGCGUCACUCACAGGCCACACAGCUGCUGUCGUUUGCCUUGAAGCCACCGCCUCGCACCUCUUCUCUGGGUCCAUGGACAAGAGCAUCAGAGUAUGGGAUCUCAGCACGGGAGCAUGUGUGCACAUAGUGCCGGCUCACGACCACGUGGUGAUGGCGCUGGUGGCCUGGCAGACGCACCUACUCUCCUGCUCGCUGGAUGGGACUGUAAAGGUAUGGGCACCAUCCGCAGCAGGGGGGGGCGCCAUUGACCUCGCAUUCACUCACACAGAUGCAGACGACAAGGGUGGCAGCGGGCAGACGGACAGAGAACCUGAUGGAGCGCUGGCAAUGAAAGUGAGCACGGACCUGGCGGGUAAUCAGGUGCUCAUGGUGGCAUACAGUGACAACUCUGUUCGCCUCUACGACCUCCCAUCGUUCACAGAGCGGGGAGCGUUGUUCACAGUGCAGGAGGUGCGGUCGUUGUGUGUGGGGCCCAGCGGUCUCAUGUUCACAGGGGACAGUGCAGGGACCGUCAAGUGCAGGGACCGUCAAGGUGUGGCGGUGGACGCAGUGAGGGUAUUUGAGGGGAGGGAUGUGGGAGACGGAGUGCAGGGUUGUGCAGGGAGGGACGGUGAAGGUGUGGCGGCGGACGCAGUGAGGGAUUUAAGCAGGAGAAGAAGGGAGAGAGGGAGAGGGGAGCUCAAGGGAGACCUCUAA